AUGGCUUCCACUCCCUCCCAAGCGCCCGAGGCGCCUUCCGAACCGGCCCCAUCUAUACUUCCAGCGGAUGCCGAGACCCCUGUCAACGCUGAGACCCCUGGCAAUGCCGAGACCCCUGCCAACGUGCUCGGGCCAAUUGUGAUCGACGAUUUUGGCGACGACACCAACAGUGAGUUCGACAAUGAAUUGUCCGAUCUCACUUCCCUGUCAUCAAGCGUGCUCGAGUAUGAGUAUGAAAAUGGUCGGCGGUAUUGCAGUAACCGCUCCGGAAAUUAUUGGAUGCCCAACGAUGAGGAGGAACAGGAUCGAAUGGAUAUCACGCACCAUAUAUGGCUAAUGAUGCUGAAAGGGGAGCUCUAUAAUGCCCCUAUCAAAUCUUCCCCUCAAAACAUCCUUGACCUGGGUACCGGAACAGGCAUUUGGGCUAUGGACAUGGCCGAAAAAUUCCCCAGCGCCCACGUCAUUGGGAAUGACAUCAGCCCUAUCCAGCCCAAUUGGGUGGCGCCAAAUAUCGAGUUCAUCGUGGAGGACUUCGAAACUGAGUGGCAGUUUGACGAGAACCAUUUUGACUUCAUUCAUGCACGAUGCCUAGCAGGAUGCGUGGCCGACUGGCCCGGAUUUAUCCGUAGGAUUUACGACCACGUCAAACCUGGCGGCUAUUUUGAAUCGCACGAGAGUGCCGUGUGGGCUCAGAGUGACGAUGGAUCCCUCAAGGAAACUUCGGCGAUCAUGGAAUGGCAGCAAGCGGUCGAUGUCGCCGGGAAAAUGAUCGGUCGGGAGAUGAACAUCUGCCAUAAGCUGAAGAAUUGGCUUAUUGAAGCCGGCUUUGAGGAUGUCAACUUGUCGGUCUACGCGUUGCCGUUCUCGCCCUGGCCGCGCGAUCCCUUUCUGAAGGCUCUGGGGAAGUACCAGACGGUGCAAUUGCAGCAAGCCAUCGAUUCCUACGGGCUGCGCUUGUGCACGCAGGUGCUUGGAUGGAGCUCGGAAGCGGCCAUGAUCCAUAAUGCUUUGGUCAAGCGGGAGCUGUUGGACAAAAAGCUGCAUGCUUACGUUCAAACAAUUGCAGUAUAUGGCAGAAAGCCCCUGCAUUCUUAA